AUGCAAAUCUAUGGAGCUGGCACCACAAGCGGCACGUCAGUCGAAACAACGCUACGUAAGUACCUACACAAUCCGCGACUAUUCAACUUGUCCAAAGGGAGAAUUCAUGGUGAAAUUACCGUCGAUUGCACCUCCAAUCCGGUUUAUGCUGUUCUACGUAUUCCGUUGAUGGUACCCGGGUUCGUCUUUAUUUAUGACUACAUUUUUCCUGGAUACCUCGCUUACGGAAAGGUUAUCAUUACUAGUGAUAAUCUGGGAAUGAUUUUCACAAUUGAGACGCCUCUUGCAGCUCGCAGUACUGAAAGAACAAUAAUAACGUCUAUAGAUGUCUUCCGCUCUGAUGACUUCAAGCUCAGUUUUACUGGACUUGGUCCAGUCACCCGGGCCCUCAGCUCAGUGUUUUACGUCGCGUAUCGUGUCUUCCCCAGCGUGCCUCUUGGACUAUUCACAGUGCUCACAGUUCGCAUUCUUCAAGAGUAUAUCGACAAUAACCCCUUGCCCCUGUAGGGCACAGACUGGUCCUACAGUUGCAGUACUUCUUGGGAGGUUACGCGUUAAUGGCAGAAAAUGCAUAUCUACUUUACCUUGAUCCAGUCAUAAUGUAUG